AUGGCACCCCGCCCUGCUGUUAAUCGGCGCCUGGCGGCUGGAAGGCCAGUACAAACAGGCCGCAUCGCCAAAACAAAGAGAGAGACACCCAUCAAAAUUCUACCGGACCAGGUUGAAGCUGUUGUCAGUGAGCAAGAGCUUGAGCCAGUUUAUGGAAAACCCCCAGCCUGGGCAGAGGGCCGUCAGCAACUAUGUGAUGCAAUUCCCUGGUUUCGCUGCACCCAGGGUGCAAUGUAUCACAAUGAGGGCUUUUGCUAUGGCUUCCUCGUCGAUGCUGACGGUGGUACUCGCACUCACAUCGACGAAGAGGUCAUUAUUACGCGAAUUGGUGGAUGUUGCAGUAAAGACUCGGCGGGAAACUUGACCCUCGAAAAAAACCAAGACCCCGACAAUGCAUUGGUCCAAAGUAUUAUCAAUACCAAGGAGUCGAAGCUCGCUGUUGGUUUGGUUAUCGGAAACAAGAACAAGAUUCUUAACCGCGAUCUUCCGCAUCGGUACAACAUCAUGGACUGGUUUCGGGUUACCAAUGUCUGGUUUGAGAAGAUUGGCCAGAAACAUGGUGUCAAAGUUCGCUUCGAGAAAUUGAACCUCGCAGAAAAGAGCUGGUGGGCGGCCAAAGGCUCCCCUCCUCCAAUGCCCCUCGAGCAACGAGAUUUUGAAACGAAGCCUCAAAUACUCAAAUGUGAGGCUUGCUAUACAGAGAGUAUUCGCGUGUACGAGGAUGGCUGGAUGUGUCUCAACCCUGAUUGCAUGGAUUUCUGGAUGAUCGAUGACAAUUUUCCUCCUGCUGAGCUCACUUUUAAUCCUGAUUUCCUGAGCUUUCGCAAUCGUCCGGACCCAGAGAUUCAGCCUCAUUACAGUCUUGUUCCUGAUCUCUUGGCAACUCUGGAUGAGAACGCGGCAGAUGUUACCACAUCUCGUAUCGCAUGGAAGGGAAUUGUGUGCCCCAAGUGCCUCAAAUGUAUCAGACGCACUUUCUGGCGAGGCUGGAAAUGCGAUGAUGACUCAACUGAUGGCAAAGGGCGUGGCAAUAGCUGCACGUUUCAGAAGUUUAUGGAUAUGCGCCCUGUCUCCCUCCGGGUGGCCGUCGAUCAUUUCGAGCUGGCUCCGAUCAAGCGAGCAAUUCUCUUUGAUAAGAAGUUCAGAACUCCGGAUAUUGAUAACACUACCGGUUCUUCCUAUCGGCAGUUGACUUACAACCUUGAUGGGGUCGGUUGCAUCACUCACUUUGUGUCCAACAGAGCAAUCAACGGCCGCCCGAAUGGACCCGAUGACCUUUUCAUCAAUCUUCAACGUAUCGAUCAUGGUCUCAAACGAUUCCAACUCCAGGCCAGUCUUGUUGCGGGCACACUGACUUCUCAUUUCGCCGUCAACUACGGUAUGCCCUACAAGUAUGUAGUGUCUGUCGAUUCCAAGGGCUUUGACGAAGCUCCCAAUGACAUGCUCCGAGCUCUGGGUCGUUUGUCCUGGGCAACUGAACAAGCUGUCCGCUCUACUGGAGAUACGUAUCUGCCUCCGAAUGAGCUAUUAACACUGGGAUACUUCGAGAAUAUGAAGAUUGGGUACCACGAUGACGGCGAAUCUUCACUGGGUCCUACCAUCGCCACUCUUUCGCUCGGUGGGAAAGCCACCAUGUAUGUCCGCAUGAAGUAUAAAUAUUUUAACGGCUCUACCAGACGAGCCGAGCCCAAGCAACUCGGAAAUCUUCUGCAAGAUGAUCCUGUCCUGAAGGGUUGUAUGUUUGAGGAUGAGCGUCGAGUACUCAAGAUGCAAUUCGAUGCUGGUGAGAUCUCGCAACAUCAAUAUGAUCAGUCUCGUCGGGAUCUCUCGAAGGGUCACAAGGGGAAAGAAGCUCCUCCUAUAAUCAAAAUGGAUCUUCAUCAUGGCGACCUGGUUGUCAUGCAUGGCGAAAAUCUCCAAAAGUAUUAUGAGCAUUCUGUAAUCCCCGAGAACAAGCUGCGCUUUGCUUUGACUGCGCGUUACGUCAAGCCUGAUGACCUGAAUGCUAAGGAGAUCCAGAAAGGUCAGUUCACGCUUACACCUGACCAAAUCUACGAUGGACAAUGA